GACAAACUCAACUAACAAUCAGAGCUUUGGCUUGUUUUGUAUCCCACCCCUUCCCCCUUCAGAAUCGUUUCUGCCUCCUUGCUCAAUCUGUGAUUGUUUUGAAUUCUAAUUUGUAAGUUCGAAGCAGGUUCGAAGUGUGGGUCGAGGAAAAAAAGCAAAAUCCAAACUUCUGUCUGUGCUCGUCGCUCAGCCAACGACCAACGUUAACGUUCGCUGUCUCACUUGCUAUUAAUAAUAUAUAUAUCUUAACGCGGACUCAAAUUAAAUAAUACACCAGACAUAACUACCACAGGCUCUGCAAUCCUGCUUCCGGCUGCAAAUAUUGGUAUUUCAACUCUUGACGGUGUAGUCCCAGGUCUAGUCAUUCAGCGACACCUUUCAGACAUGUCGCUGGAAAGAAACGCCUGUGAAGACCUGAAGGCGUUUGAGCGCCGCCUUACAGAAAUUGUGGCAUGUUCCCAGCCAGGGGCUGUUCGGUGGCGAGUCAUCCUGGUAAUCGUUUCGGUGUGCCUAGCUGUGACUGCGUAUUACUGGCUCUCCGACCCGCUCACCAACGUGGUUCCUCUUUAUCAGUCACUAUGCAACCACCCAUUCUUCACUCUCUCCAGUUUAGCCGUUAUCAUCCUUAUGCUCAGUGGGGCACUUAGAAAAAUGGUAGCUCCUUCGAUAUUGAUGUCUCGCACCCGAGAAGUGCUCUCUGACUAUCACAUGUCCUGCGACGACACUGGAAAGCUUAUUUUAAGGCCUAGAUCAGUAACGUAGUGUCCCCUUAGUAGAUUAGGUGUCUUGAUUAAAAAGUAUGCAGAUUUCCUCCUUGUAAUUCCUGCUUAUUUAUAUCAAGAAUUGGACGUUACAAAGAACUUACAUUAUUUACGAUGUGAAUUUGAGCUCAAUACCUUUUGUUUAGACUGAACUUGUCAUUUUCAUUUCUUCAAGCGAUCGCUUAUUCAUUCGACUACUUUGGAAUUUGUGCUAUAUCGCCUUAGUAAUAAGAUUAAAAUCAAAUAAAACCAAAUUAUCUUAAGCAACAAAGUUCUUAGCAUUAAUUAAAAACUUAUUCCUCAACUAUAAGUUGUAUUUAAAGCUUGUCUGUUAAAAUUCACCUAGAAGUACUCUCGUGUGCUUGUUCUUGUGAGAUGUCAAAUUUGAUGACUAAGAAUAAGGUUCAAUAAUCAAAGUAGAGCCAUGAAUCUAGAAAAAUGAGAUAUAUUUACAUAUCAUAUUAAUUAUUUACAUAAGUAGGACAACAGUGAUGAUAAUAAUGUUGUAUUUAUAAUUUUUACGCAUGAAGUAUAAUAACCCACUAAUUAAAAACAACAAUGCGUGUGUGUAUGUUUCCACUCAAAAGACACAAUCACUCUGCUACAUAUUAUCAGUUCGCUAAUAUGCAGUGUGUAUGUUUUGCAAACAUAAAAUAAUUCAAUUACAAGCCGAUGUCCAUUCUCAUCAGUUGUUCUGUGACCACUCUCUAUUAAGUAGUGCGCUUUUAUCAUUCCAAAAACCAGGUCGCAGCCCACACGGCUCGUCUGCUGAGGGAGGGACUCCAUCGACUCAAACAUUCAAAAGGGCAGUAAAAACCAAAGUAGCAAUUUGAUUGCACUCGACACAAAACUAAACGCGAAUUUAAAUGACUUCGUUUUCGCGAGACCCUGGCCAACGAACAGACAGGGGCCGAGACCCGGAUCUCACCAACACACGCACACAUUCUCUGACCAACACUGAGUCGUGUUUAAAUAGAAUAUAUUUAUGAUAACAACUGGACAUUAACUAUGUGUUAUUAUGCAUGUUGGUAACAACUUACACUUAAAAAGCCAAUUUUAUAUUAACAGAGCAGCUUCCCUCAUUUCUUAAAUGGCAAGGUAGAAAGGCAAAAUAUCUCUUGGAUGAGAUUUCUCAAUUUUCAUUAUAGCAGAAACACUGAAGCCAUCAACUAAUAACAGACUCCAAAUGAAAAAAAAAUCGCCUCCCCUGUAUUAUUGUUACAAUGUAAAAGAACAACUGUAUUAAAUUUGUCUACCGCCACUAGAUAUUUUCAUUUUCUGUCUCUCUUGUAAUUAAUUACAUUUUUUGCUUCUUUGUCCAUUUUUUGUUUUGAUAUUCACACGAUCAUUUUUUAUACAAACUGUUCUCUGGACCACAUAAAUUAUCAAAGCUGUACACAAAAAUCAAGUUGUUAAUCAAAUAUAAAUUACAUAACAAAAA